GUUCUUUCAAAUUUUGACAGUUCUUAUUUUUUGCCUGAUGAUUAUCACAAGUGAUUUGCAAAAUCAACAUAAGAAGCACCAGGGCUAGCUUAGGCUAACCGUUGGUUUGAUUUAUUUUUUAUGGAUUUUUUAUAAAAACUAUUGGUGUUGCUAUCUAUUCUAAAGCCUGAAUAAUUCCGAGGACAUCUCGUUCACUUGUCAUUAGUUGUUUGUCAUCUGGUCAUUUGCAAAGAAUCGGGAAUAACAAUAAAAUAUUAGCAUUCAUGUGUAAAAAAUUAACAAACGAUGUUUGUAACGAUUACUUCUGCUACACAUUCAAUAAUAAAUAUGGCAUGAGAGAGUGGUUUAGACUGUCAUAAUGGGUAAUUGUUUGAAAAGAUCCACUACAGAUGACAUUUCUUUGUUGCGGGGUAGCGACAGUGUCCGUGAGUCUUCUUCGGAUCAGCUGGGGCAACCUUACCAGGAGCCAAUUCCUGCCGAAGACGUUUCGCCUGUGUAUUACCCGUCCCCAAGUGUGUCAAGGUCUGUGGUCCAGUUGACAGAAGAAGAACAAGUAAAAAUAGCUAAGCGUAUAGGUCUAAUUCAGAAUCUUCCUAUUGGCACUUAUGAUGGGUGUAAGAAAGAAAGAGAAUGUGUAAUAUGUAUGGUAGAAUUUCUUGUAGGAGAUACAGUUCGGUGUCUUCCAUGUAUGCACACCUAUCAUAUGAAGUGUAUAGAUGGAUGGCUUAUGCGCAGUUUAACUUGUCCCAGUUGCUUGGAGCCUGUUGAUGCAGCUUUGCUUACAAGCUAUGAAACAACAUAGAGGCCAGUGCCUUCAAUAGUGAAACACUGUGAUCUGAACACUUAUUUAGAAUAUGUGUGAAUGAAGAGUGGCUGUGAUUUCUUCUAAGAAAUUUUAACUCAGUCAUCGAUACUUACAUUCUCUUUAAUUUAAAUUUGAAAUGUUAGAAAAUGAUUUUUUAGCUGAAAUUUAAAGUAAAUAUAUUAUAUNUAAAUAUAUCAAUUUAUUAAUGACCAAGAGUUAUCUAGUUCAGUUCCCUUUCCUUAGAUUGAGUGUAUUUACCAUGUACUUGAUUUUAAAUUGUGCAACAAAAAUUUU